GGUUUGCCCUCUUAUCUCCAGCGAGAUAAGGCUAUCGCUCCUUCUGGUGAACCAGAGAAACAAGAAGGCCUAGUUUUCAUGGCGACCGUGGCCUUCAACCUCGUAGGCGCCUUCAAGGGACUCUCCUUGGGGUCGAGCUCCGCAUCUUCUUACCUCAGGGGUGACCUCGGGCUGCCCCGCCCCGGCAGCGGUACCUCCAUCUCCGUCCCCAUGAGGUCCCCGCUGACGAUCGAGUCGGCGCACAAGAAGGGGGCCGGUAGCACCAAGAACGGCCGUGAUUCCAGGGGGAAGCGGCUCGGCGUCAAGAUCUACGGCGAUCAGGUCGCCCAGCCUGGUGCCAUCAUCGUGCGGCAGCGCGGAACCAAGUUUCAUCCUGGGAACAAUGUUGGCCUAGGCAAGGAUCAUACUAUUUUCUCUUUGAUAGACGGGCUGGUUAAGUUCGAGAAAUUUGGACCGGACAAGAAAAAGGUUAGUGUUUAUCCACGUGUUGAACAGCCAGAAAAUCCAAAUAGUUACAAAGCAAGAAAAAGGGAGUAUUUCCGACUGCAGCGGGAGCGCAAGAAGGCAAGAAAGGAAGGUGUUGUUUCUCCACAGCUAGUAUUGGCUUCCAGUGAAGAAGCUUCAGAAGUCAGUCCUGUUUGUUGAUGGAUUUGCCAUGUAAAUUUCUGUUUGAAGAUCAAAGGCUUUCACAAUUCCUAUGUGAAAAUUAGUACUUACAUCUGGAGUUGAAGACCAAGGAAUUAAUGAUUGGUAUCGUAAUGCAACCUUGAAGACCAAACUAAUGAAGAUUCGAGGGCAAUAAUCCUUACCUCUGGAGUUGAUCUUGUGGAAGACGGUAAUGCAUCCAGACCAGCUUUUACGACAAAAUCUUGGGUACGGUUCCUCCAUUAAAAUUGCUGAUAUCUGUUUUGCGAAAGAUUCUUUUUGGUUUGUCUUCGUAUUGCUAAAUUAUUGAGCUCGCUGUCGAACGUUUUUGGCUGUCGGUUCUCGCAUGUUGCUGCUGCUGUCAUAGAUCCGGUUUGUGUCCUUCAUGUACGAGAGGUUUGUGCGAAGCAACUCAAAGAAGUAUGGGGGCUUUUUAUGGUGGGAGGGGAAGGAGGGGCGGAGUUGGGCAAAGUAUAUAUCUUCUCCCUAAAAGUGCAGUCCUGUUCUACGCUGAUAUAUAUUUUAAACUCUUGCUCUUUGAUUAUA